AUGCAUCGCGCAUGGAGCGAUACACGGCUGCUCAAUACGCGAAGGAGCCACGUCGGUGAUCAUAUUGGAAAUGCUUUGCCUGGGUACGCAGGACAUGUUCCCGGCGCCAGGUUGGAGGGCGAGGCAAUUGCAGCGACCUUUGGGCGCUCCUUGCGAAUUGCACAAGGUGUACGCAGCCAAAAAACAUGCGAUGUUCAGGCGAUGCGUCUUCAGUGUGAGGAAAAGGAUAGACAGCUCAGGAGCAUGAUCCCACCAACACUGGCACCUUUGUACGACAAAAGGGGAAUUGGAUACCAACCUGCAGGGGACACCAGGCAUUCAAGGAUUCCAGAAUCCAAUGAGGAGAAGCGGCACUACCAUUCAAGCCUUGGUUUAACGUCGCUGGCCUAUGAGAAUCUCGGGGGUGCUGGGAAACUGAAGGGUCAUGGUGCCGCCUCGCGUGGGAUUCCUGGCUACCAGGGCUUCAUUCCAGGGAAGGUAUCUGAGAAUGCGUUUGCUGAAACCUGGUCAAAAACACAGGAGAAGUCUUUGAGUUCCCACAUCGCUGCGCGAGCUGCUGCACCAAAGCAGUGGACCUUGAUGGCUGAGGGACGAACAUCAGUUGCACCAGUACAAUCUGAUACGAUGGCAGAGAUGGCUAUUUGGAAUCCAUCGUACCAAGAUCAUGCUCGCGGAUGGUCUGACUGCAAAGUCACAGGGAAACACGUGUUGCCCGCCGGGACAAAUGCACCUUUGGGCCAGCAGGAGGCCUUCAAUCUGGAGAUGCCAGACCUGAAUCAUGUCCUUCACCAUGGAAAAGCUCCAAUCCUUGGCUACAAGGGCUACAUUCCAGGGAAAGUCAGUGAGAAUGUCAUUGGCGAGAGACAAUGCAAAACCAUUGCAAUCGCAGAUCAUCUUCACCGAAAAGCCCUGGUUCGCAUUACCCAGCGAUGA